AUGGAUACAAACGGGCAACAAGGUGCGUCAAAUGUAGAAAGAUUAGAGGUUGGUGGACCAAUGGUAAGCAGUCGAUCAAGGAAUAUUGCAACCGAGUCAUUGCGAAUGCAAAGAUUGCACAAAAUGUUAGAUUUGACGCGAUUUGUGCAUCAGCUGGAAGAGCUGUUAACUCAGCCCAUAAAGGUUCCAGGCACGUCAGUUUUGCCUUAUCCUGGUUCGGCUGUCAAAACGCGCCACAACAUCGCCAGUAUGUUUUCAGUACGCUCUCUGUGGGCAACAGAAGAAGAACGAAAAGCUGCUGUUAGUCAGCUGUAUAAUUUUAAAACUUUGAGGAAACGAAAAUGGAUUCAGAAAAUUUUGCUUGAGGAAUCUGACUCAGAUUCUGAUGGCGAAUUUCCAUUUACACUCAACGAUUUGCACACUAUAUUGAAGUUGCAUCGUCGACGGCGAAAACUGCAGAAAACUUACCACAUCAAUGUUCUCAAUUCUCAAUAUACUUAUUAUGGUGCUGGCUUACUUAGUAAUUACGAUCCAUUUCCAGAACAUCAAGAUAGGAUAAAAGAAAAAAAAAUGGGGGAAGCAGCUGAAUUGGCCGAGCAGCUUCUCAACCCCCGUUCCAUGCUCAAUGUUGAUGGCUUACUGGCAAAGCUUCAUUUGCAGGAUGCCUUAGCGGCUUUGGUAGAAGACUGCAAUUAUCCUUUAUUAAGACGGACAAAGAAUAUCGACAAUUUUGUUAUUCGCUAUAGUGAAGCAGUACAGCAUCUUACAGCGCUUCGUCUAAAAGGUUCUGACUUCCAGCUUAUCAAAGUUAUAGGACGUGGAGCUUACGGUGAAGUACAACUGGUACGGCAUAUUACCUCACGAAAUGUUUAUGCUAUGAAACUGCUCAACAAAAACGAAAUGGUGCGGCGGGCUGAUUCAGCAUUUUUUUGGGAAGAACGAGAUAUUAUGGCGCAUGCUCAUUCUGAAUGGAUUGUGCGCUUGCACUAUGCUUUUCAGGAUACCCAGUUUCUAUACAUGGUAAUGGAAUACAUGCCUGGAGGCGAUUUAGUCAACUUAAUGAGUUUAUAUGAUGUAUCCGAAAAAUGGGCUCGUUUUUAUGCAGCUGAGCUUGUAAUGGCUUUGGAUACCUUGCAUGGAAUGGGCUACAUUCAUCGAGAUGUCAAGCCAGACAAUAUGCUUAUAAGUAAAUCGGGCCAUGUGAAAUUAGCUGAUUUUGGCACAUGUCUGCGGAUGGGUCCGGAUGGUUUAGUAAAAUGUACGACGGCAGUUGGUACUCCCGAUUAUAUUAGUCCAGAAGUACUGGAACUUCAAGGUACCGAAGGAGUAUAUGGUCGGGAAGUUGACUGGUGGGCUGUGGGUAUAUUUGUGUAUGAAAUGCUGGUGGGUGAAACACCGUUUUAUGCCGAUUCUUUGAUGGGAACGUAUACGAGAAUUAGAAAUCAUGCAACAGAAUUGAAUUUUCCGGAAGAUGUUGAAAUGUCCGAAAAUGCCAAAAAUUUAGUACGCGCUUUUCUAUCUAGCUCGGAGAAACGGCUUGGUAAGAAUGGUAUCGAAAGUAUAAAACAGCAUCCGUUUUUCCAAAAUGAUGAAUGGAACUUCGAAACUAUUCGGAAAGCUGUGCCUCCGGUGAUUCCGGAGCUAAAGAGUGAUGAUGAUGCUUCUCAUUUUGAUGAUAUCGAAGCAAAAGAACCGGAUCCUGCUGAAUUUUUUCAAAUUCCAAAAUCAUUUGCUGGCAAUCAAUUGCCCUUUGUUGGUUUCACUUAUUCUAAUGAAACUGGACCGAUUUCUGUCAUUCAAAAAAAGUUUGAAACCACGUCAAGAAGUGAUACAGUACAGGUUCGAGCUGCUUUGAACCAGCUGAAUCAGAUGUCGGAAUCGCAAUUAGAGGAUGAGAAACGAGAGCUUGAAAAAGAAUUGGCAGCAUAUCAAGUACAAGUGAAAGAUUUGGCUCGAAAACUUGAUAUGGAACGCGAAGAAAUGAAUAUCAAAAUUAAAAUGAUAACUUCUCUAGAAGAGCAGUUGAUUAUCAAAGCAAAGGUGGAAGACCGUGUGAAAGAACUUGAACGGCAGAUCGGAGAGCUAAAUGAGAAAUGUCGCCAUCAUGCAGAAGCAGAAGAACGUGCCAGGAAGCAACAAAGUGAAUUGCAUACUAAAUUAAAUUCACAAAGUGAAAUUGCUCGUGAAUUAAAUGAACGGCUUCAGAAAAGUAAUGAAGAGGAGGCAGUAUUGCAGCAACAAAUUGAUCAAUUGCAUACUUUGAAUUCACAAGAACGAGAAAAUUUAAGACGAGCGCAGCAGCGGGCUAAUGAACAAAAUGAAAAAGUAGAGGAGUUACGGACGGAAUUAGCAGCAGCACAUGAUCGGGAAAUGGCUCUGAAAUGCCAGGUAGGAAAACUGAGCGAGUUAAUGGCGCAGCAAGAAAAUUUUUCUGAUGAAAACAGAAUUAACGAUGAAGCCAGGAAAAAUAACGUACGUCUCGUUAGCGAUCUUCAAGCAGCUCACAAAAAGAUAGAGCAGUUAACAUCUGUCUUAGAACAAGAAACUAAUCGUCGAAUAUCAACACAAAAUGAUGUACACUGUUUGAAUGACCAGUUGUCGAAUAUGCAGAGUUCGUUACAUUACCAGGAAAAUGAGUUGAAACGGGCUCGUGAUGAAAAGCGACGAGUGGAGGAUCAACUGCAAAGCCUGUCAUCAUUAAGUCGUCUUUUACAAAGACAAUUGGAAGAUGUUCGAGAACAGUUUGACACUGAAUCUUCAUUUGUAAAUAUAUACAAAACUGAAAUGAAUGCUCUGAACGAAGAAUUGCUGGAAAAAACACGACGUUUGGAACAACUCGAAGAACAUCAGAGACGAGAAGAAGAAAGAACACGUGAUAUGCUUGCACACCUUGAAAGUGAGCGACUAGCGAGGCGUAUUGCAGAAGAAAAUUUGUCCACUACAGAUAAAGAAAAAACCAUGCUUGAAGUUGAAGUACGUCAACUUGUACAACGACAUGAGAAGGAAUUAGCAGCCAAAGAUGCAGCUAUACAGUUAAUUUCGCAAAAAGAAGAGGAACUUCAACAGUCACUGCAAGAUGUUCAAAAUGAACUACGUUCCAUUUCGGAACGUGAUUCAUCACGUGCCUCGCCAGAAGAGAGCAUAAGAGAUCUGAAAAAUCAGUUAGAGCACGAAAAAGUGAUGAAAACUACUGCUAUUAAUAAGUUGGAAGAAGUAAUGGCUCAACGCCAAACAAAUGAGGCUCUCAAAAAAGGUAAAAUGAGUCGUGGUGAUGCAAGAAGGCGAGAAAAAAAGAUAGUUGAGCUGGAGAAGGACUUAAGAAUGGAGCGGCAGAAGUACGAAGAACGCGUUAUGCAGAUAAUAAAAGAAAAUGAACAGUUGAAACUUGCAUUGGCUGAGGAAGAGAAAGCAAACGAGAAGCUGCGAAUGGAUCUUGAAACAUUCCGGCAUUUGGAAACCGCCAUGAAUGAGCAAAAAAAGCGAGAAAGGCAAGAAAUUCAUGCAGAUCAACCUCGAACCCCUACUGCUGUUCUCAUGCAGCAAAUUAAUGAAAAUGAAUUGCAUUAUGAUGGCGCGGUCUCAAUUCGUUUAACAGUAAAGAGGCGACAGCAGUGGCAAGAAUGUUUUGCAGUUUUUAGUCCUGCUGGCCUUUUUUUUUAUUUGACACAAAAUGAUCGGCAGCCUUUUCAAACUAUCCAGGCCGAUAAAUUAUGCCAUGCUCGUCAUGUGAGUGCUGCAGAUGUUAGAUGCGCUGGGGAAAAUCAGUUACCUCGUAUUUUCCAGAUCUUAUAUGGUACUGAGGAGAAUUCAUCAUCACGGCGCUCUUCCGUGGCUGACUUAUCAUCAUUAUCAAGUUCUCGUGAGGAGAAACUAGAUAAAGCAUUAUGGAAUCGGCAUGAUUUAGUUGAACUAACUUUCCAUAUGCCAACGAACUGUGAUCUUUGUGUUAAGCCACUGUCAAAUUUGCUCCGACCUCCACCAGCUUUCGAAUGCAGGCGUUGUCGGAUGCGUUUUCAUAGAGAUCAUCUUGGAGUGGAAACAAUACCACAAUGCAGACAAACAGUAGAUGCUCGAGAAAUGUUAAUAAUGGCUCCAUCAGCAGAAACAUGUGAAGCAUGGGUUCAACAUUUAAAACGUUUCCUUGAUUACAAACAUUCCCAGAAAACGGGGACGCCACUUCCGCGUUCUGGUAGUUCGAUGAAGGUGCCUACAAAAUCUGCAAAUGUGCCUCGUUCCGCUACUCUCCCAAACAAUUCACUUAUUUCUCCAAUAGCUCUGUAUGUUUAUUUGGCGAAGUGUACUACAAGGAGAAAUUAUCUAAUAAUUUAUUUGGAUAUGGAUGCUAGCAGUGCAGUCACAGAAUCACAUUAUUUAGAUGACCUGGAAGGACCAUCUGUAAGUCAACCACUAUUGAUUUCGGCUGGUUAUGAUCAGUGCGUUAAAUUUUGGGAUAUUGCAAGAGGUGAGGCACGAGAGAAUUUUAUGCAGAAGGACUCUCAAAUUAAUGCAAUGAAUAUUUCUCCAAAUGGUUUGUAUCUGGCGAUUGCCGGAUGGCAACAUGUCCGUAUCUAUCAUUUAGGGAUAUCUCCUCCAACAAUGGCAGCAUCAUGUGACUCAGGAAAUAAAAAUGUGACAGUGGUUGGCUCCGAUAAGCGUUGCAAAUUUUUUUACACUGCUGGUGAAGAUGGUCUCGUAAAAACUUGGGAUUUCCGCACUUCUUUACAGUGCCAAAGUAGUUUUCAAGUCAACGCGGCGGUGAAUUGUGUUGUUACCCAUCCAUAUCUUUCGAUUUUAAUUAUAUCAGACGUUUCUGGAGCAUUAUAUUUCUGGGAUGUGAGAAAUGAAGUCAGCGAUAUAUUUUCAAACUUAAAUCUCGACGUAUUUGAACAUAUCACUUCUGUUGAUAUCAAUAGAACUGCUAAUGCACUUGUUGGAGUAACAAAUAGAGGAAAAGUCAUAGUGUGGUCUAUAUCAACAUUACCCGAACUCGGUACUACAUCCACUACCGGCUUAGCACUGCAGCAGAAGUCAAAAAUUGCUGCUCAUUCAAAAUAUGCUUUGAGAUGUCGCUUUUCUCCUGAUUAUAAAUAUUUUGCAACGACGGGCGCUGAUGGUUAUGUACACUUAUGGGAUAUUACAAAUAUCACGAAACCCGCAAAGUCCCUUUUUGUUGGGCCUAAUUUAACGGAAACAGUUCAUCUAGAAAAGAUGGAGUCACGAUGGGUUUGGGAUUGUGCAUUUACAUCUGAUUCUAAAUACCUUUUCACUGCAUCUGGUUGCCAAUUAAAGUUAUGGAAUCUUGAGACUGAAGAGAUGGUACGGCAAUAUCAGGGCCACAGCAAAAUGAUAUCUUGUUUUUCAUUCCGUGAAGGUCGAUGUAUUUUUUAG